CACAAUGAAUGGUGAAACAACUUUGGUGAAGAUUCAGAAUCAGUUGCUUCAUAAUGAAGAUGCUUCUCUUUGUGUCUUUAUGCAUUAGUGCAUUGAUUGUAAGCAGCACAGCUUUUGCAGGAUCAUCUAAUACCUGUUGCAUGAAAUUCUCCAGUGGAAUUCUUUCUCGAAAACUAAUAGCCCGAUAUUACAAUGAAAGUAAUUCUCUGUGCCCUCGUCAUGCUGUUGUGUUUGUUACACUAAAAAACAGGACUUUUUGUUUUGACCCAAAACAGAGCUGGGUUCAGAAUAUCAUCAAAUACCUGAAUGAAAAAGAAAAGCUACACAUGACAACACAGAAUUCUGCAUCUAUAUCAACAGAUAAAGAAAAGCUGCACAUGACAACACAGAAUUCUGCAUCUAUGUCAACAGAUAAAGAAAAGAUGCACAUGGCAACCCAGAAUUCUGUAUCUACAGAGAAGAAACAAUCAUAUUCAUUUUCCACAAGUCAACCUUCUAGCAUUAUGUAAAAAAAAAAAAAUAUAUAUAUAUAUAGAAUUAAUGUAGCCUUAAUAACAAAUGAGGGGUAUUUUCAGUCUGCAGCAAAAACCCUUAACUCCAUACCAUAUGUAUAGGAUGUUAUGGGUGAAAGGUCUACUGUAAAAGUAACCUUUAAUUAGAAAAUAUUUUAAACAUUAAAAUCAAGUAAUUCAUAAAGCACUUUAGGAGUAUGUGUAAUGUAAUAUAUGUUUAGCAGAUAGCACCAUAGCCUCACAGAAGUAGAGGGACCUACAGUAGAUUUAGGGUUUUCUUGCUAUGAGCAGUUUGCCUAUUCUUCCCAUGUUUCUGUGGGUUGUUCUGGGUGCUUUCAUUUCCACCAUUUCCAAGCGUGUGUGUUUGUUAGGGUAUUGCCUGAGGGUGACUUGGUUAGGUGUGAAUGUGCUCUGUGCUGGAGUGGUGUUCUAUCCAAAAGCAGUUCCUAUUUUGCACGUACUGUAGUUCAAAUGGUACAGACAUCUGCCGUCUCAUAAUGAAGAAAUUCAGUUUAGAGAAUAAAAAGAUAUAUGCAAAAAAAAAUUUUAAAUGCAGUAAUGUAUUGCAUUAUGAUUAUUGUCUCAGAUACAACUCCAAUUGCUUGUGGAAAAAAAUUCCAGCCUUAAAGGAAGAUUUUAAAUCUGAAUGUCCACUCUAAAGCUAAGCCAGUAUUCCUCCUAGGACGGCAAGUGCAAUGUCUAAUCCAUUGGCUGUAUCUUUAUUAAUAUAAGACAGUGGAUUACUACAUAAUGCAUAAUAUUCAGUUAUCUCACAGUAAGCUAUGAAGUUAAAAUAUUGUUAAUUCAUUAUUUUAUGCUAAAGCUUAAUAUACAUCUCUUCUGUUUAAGACAGAUACAAUGUAAAUGUCUUUUGUACAUAAUUGAAUUCUGUUAUGUUUUCAAAUUUUCUUAUUUAUGUAAUAAUAGAGUGAGACAUUGAUAAUGUAAUUGUUGUAAUGUACAAUAUUAUGAAAUCUGCUUAUUUAUUUUAUGUUGUCUCUAUUUUAUUAUCAAUAAAAUAAUAAACAGUU